AUGUCUGAGAACACAUCGAAGCCCAAGAGACGAGUCCUGGUGUCUUACGGUGUCGAUAUAGACGCAAUAGCAGGAUGGUUGGGCUCAUACAAGGGCGAAGACUCGACCAGUGACAUCUCUCGAGUAGGCUAUUUCGCCGGUACAGAAGGUGUGAAAAGGCUGUUGAAGCUGUUUGAGAAAUACAACAUUAAGGCGUCUUGGUUCAUUCCUGGCCACAGCUUAGAAACGUUUCCGGAAGAAUGUGCUAUGAUCCGGGAUGCUGGGCACGAGAUAGGGUUGCAUGGAUACAGCCAUGAGAAUCCGGUUGAUAUGUCAUUCGAACAGCAACGCGAUGUCCUUGACUAUACAUACCGAAUGCUCACAGAUUUCUGUCAUGGAAAGACGCCUCGGGGAAUCGUCGCUCCCUGGUGGGAAGUCAGCAGAGAAGCGACAGAAUUACUGCUCCACUAUGGCAUUGAGUAUGAUCACAGCAUGAGUCACCAUGACUGUCAAGCAUACUACCUCCGGACCGGGGACAACUGGACAAAGAUCGAUUACACCAAAACAGCUGCAGAGUGGAUGAAACCCUUCACGAAGGGCGCGGAGACGGGGCUUGUGGAGAUCCCAGCAAACUGGUACCUGGAUGAUUUGCCGCCGAUGAUGUUCAUGAAGAAAGUGCCAAAUAGCCAUGGAUGGGUCAACCCGAGGGACGUUGAAGAUUUGUGGCGGGAUCAUUUCGACUAUUUUUACAGAGAGGAGAAAGAGGGGUUUUAUUUCCCCAUGACAAUCCAUCCCGAUGUAUCGGGAAGACCGCAUGUCUUGCUCAUGCAUGAGAGACUGAUCGAACACAUCAACAAGCACGAAGGCGUUGAAUGGGUGACGAUGGCGGAGAUGGUGGAUGAUUUCAAAAGCAAACACCAGCCUGCCGAAGGAGCCAUGAUGCCAGCACCGCGGGGAGAGAUUCUGUCGAAGAGCCAGAAAUAG